UCCUCCAAGUGGGGAGUGAAGACGCACAGAUGCAUGCUUUAUUUGCAGAUUCUUUUGCUGCUUUGGGCCGUUUGGAUAACAUUACGUUAGUGAUGGUUUUCCACCCACAAUAUUUAGAAAGUUUCUUAAAAACUCAACACUAUCUACUACAAAUGGAUGGGCCAUUACCCCUACAUUAUCGGCACUACAUUGGAAUAAUGGCUGCAGCAAGACAUCAGUGCUCCUACUUAGUGAACCUACAUGUAAAUGAUUUCCUUCAUGUUGGUGGAGACCCCAAGUGGCUCAAUGGUUUAGAGAAUGCUCCUCAAAAACUACAGAAUUUAGGAGAACUCAACAAAGUGUUAGCCCAUAGACCUUGGCUUAUUACCAAAGAACACAUUGAGGGACUUUUAAAAGCUGAAGAACACAGCUGGUCCCUUGCGGAAUUGGUACAUGCAGUAGUUUUACUCACACACUAUCAUUCUCUUGCCUCGUUCACAUUUGGCUGUGGAAUCAGUCCAGAAAUUCAUUGUGAUGGUGGCCACACGUUCAGACCUCCUUCUGUUAGCAACUACUGCAUCUGUGACAUUACAAAUGGCAAUCACAGUGUGGAUGAGAUGCACGUCAACUCAGCAGAAAAUGUUUCUGUAAGUGAUUCUUUCUUUGAGGUUGAAGCCCUCAUGGAAAAGAUGAGGCAGUUACAGGAAUGUCGAGAUGAAGAAGAGGCAAGUCAGGAAGAGAUGGCUUCACGUUUUGAAAUAGAAAAAAGAGAGAGUAUGUUUGUCUUCUCUUCAGAUGAUGAAGAAGUUACACCAGCAAGGGACAUAUCUCGUCAUUUUGAGGAUACUAGCUAUGGCUAUAAAGAUUUCUCUAGACAUGGGAUGCAUGUUCCAACAUUUCGUGUCCAGGACUAUUGCUGGGAAGAUCAUGGUUAUUCUUUGGUAAAUCGCCUUUAUCCAGAUGUGGGACAGUUGAUUGAUGAAAAAUUUCACAUUGCUUACAAUCUUACUUAUAAUACAAUGGCAAUGCACAAAGAUGUUGAUACCUCAAUGCUUAGACGGGCAAUUUGGAACUAUAUUCACUGCAUGUUUGGAAUAAGAUAUGAUGAUUAUGACUAUGGUGAAAUUAACCAGCUAUUGGAUCGUAGCUUUAAAGUUUAUAUCAAAACUGUUGUUUGCACUCCUGAAAAGGUUACCAAAAGAAUGUAUGAUAGCUUCUGGAGGCAGUUCAAGCACUCUGAGAAGGUUCAUGUUAAUCUGCUUCUUAUAGAAGCUAGGAUGCAAGCAGAACUGCUUUAUGCUCUGAGAGCCAUUACCCGCUAUAUGACCUGAUGCCUUUCCUUCAUUAAAGAUGAUUCUGGAAUGAUCAGCAGAUAAUAGUCUACAAGGGGAAGGUACCAAGCCCCAGGACCAAUGGUAGACAAAAUAAUUCAGAACUCCAUUGUGCCAUGAUUCCUUUAGUUUCGGCUAUUUUACUGUGGAAAACCACUGCCGCUACAAGCAGUGAUCGCUUGGCAGCUUCAAGUUUAGAUCUGUGAAGAAAGGCUGCCAUUCACAGUAUUUUGCUUUUUGACAGUAGAAGAUGCUGUGUAACUGUUUUAAUACAGCAAAUAGUAAUUCUCCAAAUCAUGUUGCUUUUCUGUUAAAUAAGAUAACAAGAAUUGGAGCAUGCAAAGAAUGGGACUUGGAUAAUGACUUAAGCUUUAUACAUAAAGAAUUUUAGAAGAUCUUGGUGCUGCUAUUCCUGCUGGAGGAAUGAAUAGAUGGCUGUUUCAGUUAAGCUAUUAGUAAUAAAAGUGAACAUUGCUACUAUCUGAGCCUACGUACAUAACUUGUGUGAUUUCAAAUUAAACUUGCAUUAUGUGUUAAUUUUUUUGCAUCUAAAAAAGCAUAGAAUUCCUACUCACACAGCUCAGCAACAACCAUUUUGAUGGUAACAGUUCAUUUCUUUCUUUCUUUCGUUUUUUAAAUUCAGGAUUCUGGAUGAUAUUAUUAUGGCAUCCUUAAAGAUUUUCUUCAAAAAGCAAUCCUAAAUGAAAGUGUAUAAAUUAUAAGAAACUGGCUAUAUUUUGAUAUGCUGUUUCACAAGAUACUGACACUGGAGGGCAGCUGUCUUAUGCAGUGAAGAUUUUGUAGCACUGAAGUUGUGGGACAUGUUGCUGUAGACUGCUGUGCAGUCCUGGGUGUAUUCUGUGUCUCUGCUUCUGCCUGCCUCCUGGUCCCCACUGUAAAAGGUUGUGCAGCUCCUUAAAUAAUAAAGCUGGAAAAUAUUUUUAGCCAGGUUAUCAAAUUUGAUUUAUAAAAAUGCUAACUUUGUUUGAAAUCCAAACAGGUUUGAAAAUAUGUAUUAAGUACUUUGUAUUCUGGAAGCGUGAAUUGCUUUUGAAGUCUGUCAGCAUUAUUGGUAUUUUUCAAUAAAGAAUAAUUUUUCUCCAAUUUU